UGUUUCUUGCAUUUGCGGCUCGAGCUGUGAUUUUUGAAUGACAUGACCAGUUAGUUUUCCUGUCAAUGGCGAGGCGAUAGAGAAGAGUUGAUUUUUGUUUGUUCUCGCUUGGCAAAUGGUGUCCAGAGCAGGCCUGAUGUACAGUUGCCGAUCAAAGCUCGACAGUACUUUCCCUAUCUACUGGAAGUGUAUGUGUAUGUGGUGCCAUUGCUUGCCCACUGCCCAGUGCUGUUUGACAAGAUAACUCAUUGAUUUCGUGCUUCGUUCUCCACUACCGUCGUGGAUUGCUUGUGGAGUGUCGGGAGCCUUUCAUUGUCCUCAGUGUCCACUCGUAGAUUUACACUAUGUCGGCGCGUGGACUGUACAAACCGAGCAAGGCCCAGGCAGCUGUGGAAGUAGCCGCCGCGCCAGUUUCUGGAGAUGAUUCCUCGCCAGCUGUGUACUGUGUAGUCGGUAACAUUCCUAGUGACCUGCACUCGGCCGAUCUGCGUGCGUUCUUCUCGCAGAUCACCGAGCUAGGCGGCUUCCACUGCUUCCAUUAUCGCCACCGUCCCGAACUGAAGCCGACCAGGACACCAGAGGAUCAGCCGUCAUCCAGCGCCGACAGCAACACCACCGACAACACCGCUGCUGCAACAUCCUCGUCACCAGCACCACCACCGACAUGCUGUUGUGUGAUUGGUGUGAAGCAGUCGCAUCUCGUCGACUUGUUGCGUAACUACGACAAGAAGCUCUGGGUUGAUCAGGCGGGCAAGUACCGCAAGAGCCGCGUUCACAUCUCACAGCUCAAGACCAAGCAAACGACAGCGGACGUGACGGUUGCCGGUGAUGAUCCCGGGAAUAACGAGAUGCAGUCGUCCUCACAUGAGCGAGACGUUGGUUCUCGGGCUCGUGGCGCUGGUAGCCGGUCGGAGUCUAUCGCGUGUGGUGAUCACAUUGAGAGCGUACCGGCGCUGAUCGGUGAAGAUCGUGUUGCUGUGGAAUGCGCUCCGGCACCCAGCAGUCACGGCGAAGUCACACACAACACCCAGUGUGCGUUGUCAUGCAGUGACUCACAGCAGCAACGGCAGCGGCAGCAGCAGCAGGUCGGGAGCGGACGCCACUCGGUGUGUCCUGCACCGGACAAUGCCGCCCCUGACACUACAUCAAGCUCAUCUGGGCCUAGUCCAAAUUUUAGAACAGGGAAUUCCCCUGCAAGCAGUUCCGGUGUUGUGUUAUCAUACCCUGGUGACAAGAAUACCUGUAUGGAUGAUGUCACCAUGGUAACACCCACAGUCACGCACGACCCGGGCAGAGCAGCAUUGCAGAGCAGUACGAUGACCGACAAUGCCGGUAAUGAUAGCGGCAUUCGUGACGAUGUUGAUGGUGGUGAUGAUGAUGAUGCGCUUGCCCUGGAGCAGCUGGUAAAGCUGCCCGAGCUGCGUCCUCCGUCCGUGCUACCCAACGGUAAUGUGGGUACGCCCAACGAAGUCCUCAUGGACCUGAUAGCGAGGUGUAAGUUUCCGCCGCGCCUCAUCACCAAGCUGGGACUGAACUUCCCGACAAUGAAGCGACCGCACCGCUACGCUUCCGUUCCUUUCAUGUACUCGGAGGAAAGUCGUCGUCGUCGCCGUGGUGGUGAUGGUGGUGAGGGUGAACAUUUGCUGCCGUCGUCGACGCUCAAAGCACGCGCGACCACCCUCUCUAGCGCCCUGUAUGGGAAGAAGCCGUCAUGUUCACGGUCUGGAGUGACGCCCAAUGCUGGUAGCGGUGGUAGUAGUGGAUGCGGCAGCGGCGGUGGCAAUGGCGAUUACGACGACGUGGCCAUUGGCACUACCACGGCCGCCGGCGAGCAGCGAGCUGUGCACGGCGGUGGCGUUUGGACAACAGCAGACGGACAUCGUCUGUGUGAUGACACGCCAGGAGAGGGCACGGCGAGAGCAGCAGCAGCGCCACAACCCACACCAACAACGGCAACAGUAGCGGAAGCGGAGAUGACGACGACGGACGUCACCACUCCAUCACCGUCCGUCGCCAGCAACCUGGCUGCAGCAAAUGAAAACAUCUCGAAGGUAUCAGCAGCGCCCUCCAAGCCCAGGUCUGCGCGCACGACACACAGUAGCAACGUAGGCAGCCGUGUUGUCGAUGAUGAUGCUGGUGGUGCAAGGGAGAAUCAUGACGAGGUGUCAUCCGAAGAAGAGGUGAUUGGAGAAGAGGACGACCAUGAUGCAGAGGAGUGGGAUCGCUACGAAGCCCUUCACGACGAUGUCGAUAAACAGGGUCGCACCGAGGAGCGUCUGUUUGAGAACGAAAUUGAGCUAAAGUGGGAGAAAGGAGGCAGUGGUCUUGUGUUUUACACUGAUGCAGCCUACUGGGAUGAACUGAAGGGAGAGGAGGAUGAACGUUUAGCUGAUGAAUAUGAUGUCGAUCUCUCCAUUUUCUACGAACCAAAUAGCGGUACAAAGGAUGCGAACGACAUCAUGGACAUGGAAAUGGAGACACAGCGACGUCAUGGCAAACAUGUAGUCGACUGGAGGGGCAAGACGGGUUUCGACAAACUGACAAAGGGUUUCGGUGGUCGUGUGCUGCGAGAUCAGGGCUGGGCGGCUGGCAAGGGACUGGGCAGAGCGGCUCAGGGUAUUGCAGAGCCGGUGGAGGCAGACGGGCAGACUGGACACGACAAACGAGGACUUGGGUUUCUUGGCGAGAAGCUACGUCGUGACGUGUGUGGCGCUGCCAAGCCCCAGCGUCACAUCACCACCAAGUACGACGCCAGUGAUUACACAGACACCAUGCUCAGAACGCGAGGACCGCUGGCACAGAAGCGACUGCGAGCGCCAAACACAGCCACCGCCGCCGACUCUGCUGCUGCUGAUGACAACGGUAGCCGGGCAAAGCGGAAACAUGUCAACGAAGAAGGCAACGUUGCUAAAAUCAACAAUUGAUCGACUGGCAAUCCAUCUAAAGUCCAGUAUCAUUUUUUAAAUCUAAAACAUGAAAACACCGUGCAGCGCAAGUAAUGCGUCGAAUCCACCCACCACCACCACAUGUUUGACCAGUCAGAGUUGCACAAGUUAGCACAAAACUGGCAAGGAGUACUACAGGCAUUGAGACAUUCCACACAUAUUUUUUAUUAUUUGGAUUUCCCCGACAGCAUCAACCAGCACUAGUCCUGCAGCUGUGCAGCUAUGUUUCAUGGCCAUGUUGGUUUUGACAGUCCAGUCCUAUCUUUAUUUUUUUCUUCGCCGAGGUCACUAUCACUACGUGGUAUUGCUUGAUCGAAGCUGAUGGAGUUUUUUUUAUUUUCCAGGGGACAAUCACAAGCUGACGUAGGACAUUCCUUCAUUUCUGUUCUCAAGUUUUUCACUACAAACUCCGUUUUUUUUAAAUUUACUUCAUUCCUGGAUGUCGCUGGGAAUCUACACACACACACACACAGAGAUUCUCUGGGUCUUGUGACUCUUGCACUUGUACUACAAGUACACUGGUACACUGGUAUUAUUAAAAUACAGAAACAGAGUGUCUAGUCGGCGCCCCGCAA